AUGUCACUUGUUCUCACUGGACGCCUUGAAACGAUAAUCCAACCUCUGUCCGCCUGCCACGACACUCGACCCUCUAGCAGGGUCUACAAGCAAUAGCUCUCAACCUCAAAACUACAUUAUAUUGCCAUCAUGGCUGACGCUGUUCUCGACCGUCUCUCAGCAUGUAACAUCUUCGACCUCAGCGGUGUUGUUGCAGUCGUCACCGGUGGUGGUACCGGCAUUGGACUGAUGAUAACCACGACCUUGGUCGCUAACGGUGCGCGCGUGUACAUUGUAGGGCCGCAGAACACUCAUGAUAACCUGCAGCAAAUUGCGAAGACAUACAACGAUGCUUCGGAGAAGUCAGGGAGGAAAGGCGAGAUUGUUCCAUUGGUGGGAGACGUUAGAGAGAAGGACGUCGCCACACGUCUUGCCACGGCGAUCUCCCAGCGAGAACCGAAUGGGAUCACAGUCCUCUUUAACAACGCAGGAGUCGGUAGAGGCACUUUCAAACCAAUCGUCAACAAGACUGCCACCGACGCCGCAGAAUUUGUGAAAACCUACUUCGAUCCCAUCACCCAAGAAGACUUCACCGACUCCUUGAGCGUCAACGCGGUAGGGCCCUACUGGUUUACUUUUGCUUUCUUGCCCUUGUUGGAGAAGUGGAAGAAUAGCGAGGGAGGGAAGAAGUUCGUGCCGCAGGUGAUCAUGACGAGCAGCAUGAACGGUUGGACGAAGGAUCCGGCAACAUCUGGAAAUUCGUUCCCAUACAUGUACUCCAAGUCUGCCAUAGCGCAUGCGACGUCGACGCUGGCGCAUGAACUUCUCCCGCUGGGUAUUCGAGUGAAUGGAAUCGCGCCGGGAUGGUUUAUUACUGAGAUGACCGCCCCAGGCACGAAGAACGACCUCGGUCAAUCUUCAACCGACAGAGAGCCAGGCUUCCAGAUCCCGACGAUGGGACAGGCGGGAGGCUCCAACAAGGAUAUGGGAUGUCUAGCGCUCAUGCUGGUGGCCAACUGGUUCAUCAAUGGCGAGACGGUGUUGAUUGACGGAGGGACUUUGCUCAAACACCCUUCGUCAUACUGAUAGAAAGACUUUCGAAUUGAGUACGCGAAU